UAUAUCUUAAUGGUGCAUUAAAAACUAAUUCCUAAAUUUGGUUGAUCUAAGAAAGUUAGACAAAUUCUCAAAGUCAUAAUUUCCAAUUUCCCUCGUUCCUGACGUUCCAAAUGUCCUUGGAGGUGGAAACCCGGCUAUUACCCUGGCUGAUGGGACAUCUCUAUGCUGAGAGGAGAUUUCUUACGUUUUCAAAGGCUCCCUCAGAAUGAUGGUUCGCUUUUAUGUGGCUCUAUAUUCUGAGGGCUCAGUAUCAGUAUUUCUACACCCAGCCGAUUUCUCUUCAGUUGGCCCGUUUGUUCUCGCUCUUUUCCUUUUUCUCUUUCUGUUUUCCCGCAUUUUCCCAUCGUUUCCAAGAGUACAUUUUCAGGGCUGGGUACCGUGAGGGUAUGGAAUCUGGAAAGGAAGCCAGUUUACAACAAGGUUUCAAUGAAGGAUUUAUUUUUGGAGCCAGUGUUUCAAGGGAAUGGGCAAAGCUUAGAGGAGUCUUGAGUGCUCUGAUGUUAUUUGCGAGUUCAAAUUAUGUGCAAGAUCCUCAUCCAAACAUCACAAAUGAAAUCACAGAACUACUUGCAGUGGUCUGCCAAAUGGAGAAGGAAGCUUUAAGUGCCCAAACUAUGCAAGAUCCUAUACUGGACCAAAUGAACCCACAAGGUCAAUGUUCUUUGAAAAGUUCAGAAACUGGAGGUGCCUCUCUUACUCAUCACAAAGUGGGAACUAUGAACAGAACUGUAAAUGAACAUGAAUUAUUGGCAGCAUUUGAAAUGCUUGGUACACAGGAUGGCAUUACUAAUGGUAUAAUAAAAGAUUUAAGAAGUAGAUGUAAGCAAAGUAAAGACAGUGAAGGAGAAGGAUGUUCCCAAGACUCAGUUAUGCCUGAAAAAUCCUUCAACUGUAACCAGCCUCUAGUGGAGACAUCUAAGAUCAAACGUAAUGACAUGGAACAUUUGUGGACUAAGAUUGUCUCAUUAGCUGAUAGAAUUGGUGUCAAUAAACAAAAAACACUUGAUUUGAAAAACAUUUAAUAAGCUUUCUCAAUAAAAAUAAUAUUAAUAUUCUCGUAUUUUUCGAGUAAUGGCAUGAAAUCAAACA